AUGGUGAAGGAGACCGGCUAUUACAACGCCCUCGGCGUGAGCCCCGACGCGGGCGAGGAUGAGAUCAAGCGCGCCUACCGCAAGCUGGCGCUUAAGUACCAUCCGGACAAGAAUACCGAACCUGGUGCGCAGGAGAAGUUCAAAGAGGUGUCGGUCGCGUAUGAAUGUCUGUCGGACCCCGAAAAGCGCAAGCGCUAUGACCAGUUCGGCAAGGACGCGGUGGAGAUGCAGGGCGGCGGUGUCGACCCGAGCGACAUCUUCGCGAGUUUCUUUGGAGGUGGUGGCCGCCCGCGCGGCGAGCCGAAGCCGAAGGACAUUGUGCACGAGCUGCCGGUGCCGCUGGAGGCCUUUUACUGCGGCAAGACCAUCAAGCUCGCCAUCACCCGCGACCGGCUGUGCUCACAGUGCAACGGCACCGGGUCCAAGGUGGCUGGCGUGAGUGCCACAUGCAAGGACUGCGGUGGCCGAGGUGUGCGGAUGGUGACUCGCCAGCUACAGCCCGGGUUUAUUCAGCAGAUACAAACUGCGUGCCCGGCGUGCAAGGGCAAGGGCACAAGCCUGCGAGAGGAGGACAAGUGUCUCAGCUGCCGUGGCCAGCAGAUCCACAAGGACAAGAAGGUGUUCGAGGUGGUGGUGGAGAAGGGCAUGCACCGUGGCGACAGCGUCACCUUCAGCGGGGAGGGUGACCAGAUCCCUAGCGUCAAGCUCUCCGGCGACAUCAUCAUCAUUCUGGACCAGAAGCCGCACCCGAACUUCAUCCGCAAGGGCAACCACCUCCUCAUGGAGCACACCAUCUCCCUCGCUGAGGCCCUCACUGGCUUUUCACUGAACAUUACCCAGCUCGACGGCCGCGAGCUAGCCGUCUCCUCCUCCGCCGGCACCGUCAUCGACCCUGCUACUAUGUACAGCGUGAACCGCGAGGGUAUGCCUGUCGCACACACUGGCGGCAUGGAGCGCGGCGACCUCAUCCUCCACUUCCGCGUCGUCUUUCCCAAGACGCUGCGGCCGACGGCCGUGCCGGAGCUGCGCAAGAUGCUCGGCUACCCGCAGCAGCCGCCGACCAAGGACGGUGCCGAGAUGCACACGCUGCAGGAGUCGCACGUCGAUCUGGAAAAGGAGGCACGCCGCAACGCCUACGACGACGAUGGCGACCAGCCGCGCGUGCAGACGGCCGGCUGCGCGCAGCAGUGA